GGUGGGCGUGGUCAGAGAGGAGGGCUUCCUGCUCGGGUGAACACGUGGUUCCGUGUCUGCCUCCCUGCCUGUCUGUCAGAGUGUGAAGGUUUCCAGCCUAUCUCUCACUCCUCUCUCCCCGCUCUGUCCUUUCAUACAGCACAGCAGACCUUCUCCUCCUCUCACUCCAUCCAGCGCGCUCCUCUUCCUCCUCCUCUUCUUCCUCUUCCUGCUGCUCCACGUUUCCUCCUUCUGUUUGCGACGGCUCUCAGGACUGCCGACAGCCAGGCCGCGGUCACUUCAGCGUGUCUCCGCUCACAGAGAGAGGGGGAGAGUGUGUGAAAGUGUGUGAGUGUGUGUGUGUGUGUGUUUGUGUGUGUGUGUGUGUGUGGAAGUGUGUGUGAGUGAGUGAGUGAGUGAGUGAGUGCGUGUGCGCGCGUCCGUCUGCGUAAUUUCUCCCCGCUAUCUGUGCGCCUUGCUGUUCAGUCAUGACUCUGGAAGCGAUCCGCUACCGGGCCGGGGCUCUGCAGAUCCUGAACCAGCUGCUGCUGCCACACCAGACCGUCUACGAUGAGAUCCACUCGGUGCAGGACGCGUACGAGGCCAUCAAGUCCAUGAAGGUACGGGGCGCCCCGGCCAUCGCCAUCGUUGGUUGCCUUAGCUUGGCGGUGGAGUUGCGGGCAGGCGCUGGAGGCGAUGACCCUGUGACCUUCAUCAGGGAGUCCCUGUGCCACUUGACCUCCGCCAGGCCCACCGCCGUCAACAUGGGCCGUGCCGCCCGAGAGCUGAUGGAGUUCGCGGAGAACGAGAGCAUGGAGAAGAACUCUGAGCAGCUCAGAGAAAGUGUCAUCGCCUGGAUUGAAGACAUGCUGGAGCGUGACGUCAAUGACAACAGGAAGAUCGGUAACUAUGGCGCCCAGCACAUCCUGUCUGGCGUCCCGAGGGACUCUGUGACGAUCCUCACACACUGCAACACCGGCUCGCUGGCCACAGCUGGAUACGGGACCGCACUCGGUGUGGUGAGGAGCCUCCACGCGCUGAGCAGGCUGAAGCGUGUGUACUGCACGGAGACCAGACCGUACAACCAGGGAUCCAGACUGACGGCGUAUGAGGCGGUCGCAGAGGGGAUCCCUGCUACACUAAUUACAGACAGCAUGGCGGCGCUCACCAUGAGAGAGAUGGACAUAACAGCCGUGGUGGUGGGUGCAGACAGGGUAGUUGCCAAUGGAGAUACCGCCAACAAGGUGGGCACGUACCAAUUAGCCAUUGCCGCAAAGCACCAUGGGAUUCCGUUCUAUGUGGCUGCACCGAGCACGUCAUGUGACUUGAGCCUGGAGAGCGGCAGGGACAUCAUUAUCGAAGUGCGCCCCCCUGAAGAGCUCACCAGUAUAAACGGAGUCCCCAUUGCUGCACCAGGUAUCGAGGUGUGGAACCCAGCGUUUGAUGUGACUCCUCACCAGCUCAUCACAGGAGGCAUCAUCACAGAGCUCGGGGUCUUCCUCCCUUCGGAGCUCCAGGCAGCGCUCACCGGCCGCCUCACUGCCCUCUAAAGCCACUCAGCUCCUCCUGCUGGUCCGUGUGUGCCACUGCACCUUAAUGUCACACACCUCAAAGACACUCAUUGCAUAACAGAGCACACACUCUCAUAGUUGUGUUUCCUUUUCUUUUCAUCUUUUCAUCAACGCACAGUCACUGUUUCAUGUCAGUGGUGCACACAGAAGAAUAUACUUUCUUCAUCCUCUCACUCACCCACACAAAUUCACUGCAGGGAGUCGAGCAGACACACGUGCAGUCUCCCCUUUCUUUAAUGCUCCUCUUCAUUUUCUGUGUUUUCUCCAUGUCAUCUUUUCCAAAGUCUCCCACCCUGUCUUCAGUGUCAACCCUUCCUCUGUUUAAACAGCUACAGUGACAAGGAUUAGCUCAGCUGAACUCAGUCCCAUAAGAAAUAUCUGGCACACAAUUUUCUGAAUCCUUAAUGAGGUCAUUUUUUAAAACUCUUUACCACAAAUAUUAAAACUUCCAAAAAGUGACAUGGCUGAUAUUUUCAAAUAUCAUUUCAAAGUAGUGGUUUUUAGUAGCCAUGGUUUAUUAAAUGCUGCUACCCAUGUGUAAAUAUACAUAUCAUUGCCUUUAGUGUGUACAUAUGUAGAGAACUAACCCCUGCUAGUAAAAGGUACUGCUAUUUGAACCAAAUACUUGGUUAUAUGAGAUUAAAGUUGAGAUCAAAAAUGUUAUAUUAACAUUUAAUUUCCUUCAUUUCAUAUAGAAACCUUUGUAGAGGAAUAAUCCAAAUUUAUCUCUCAACCAGACAUUUUAAUGCUGUGAUUAAUCUGAUUCACUCAUAAUUUAAUCUGAUUAACUCUCAUAAAUUAAUCUGAUUCACUCUCAUAAAUUAAUCUGAUUCACUCUCAUAAUUUAAUCUGAUCACUCUCAUAAUUUGAAUCUGAUUUCACUUUGUUCGACUAAAUUUUCAACAAGUGGAACUUCUCGAUCAGUCCUUGUUACUCAGCUGAAGCCUACGAAAGAUACACGGCUGUAUUUACUUCUCCUUGUUUGCAACUAGCUACUUCUAGUUUUCUUGUAUCAUACCACACUCAUACUCUCAUGAUGUAAUAAUAUACUAUACAUAUAUUUAUAACCAUACUUAUUUCCGCAGAAUAUUCACCACACUGCACAUUACACUAUUGAAGAAUGAAAAAUCAAAAAAAGGGACGUUGUGUCGUUCAUGCUCAAACAGCUUUGCAGCGUGCUCAGAAGUCUGUUAUGCUGUUCCACCUUUGUAAUACAGGCAUCUUUAUUAAAGGAAUAGUUCCCCCUAAAAUGAAUGUUUGGUCAUCUGCUCACUUGCAUGUUGGUAAAGACUUAGUUUAUAUCUUUAUGUAAGACUGACCCCGAUUUAAACACAAUCUAUUACAGACGAGAGAAAAUACAAUCAAGUGUAACAUUUACUUGAUGUUUCUUUCUUGAUUUACAGACUCUACUCAUCACAGCUACAUCAGCAGCAACCUCUUUCUUUAAUUUAAGGAUGCAAACAUUCAAAUGUCUAUCUAAUGAGGAUAUUUAAUGUGACGUGUUGCUCACAAGGAAAAUCUUUUAGAUUAAUCCCUCAACCCUUCAGUUCUUAUGAGCUGUAUAGAGAAGUUUAGCUUCUUUGAGCUUGUGUUUUGGAUUUACCUCCUACAGCUUUACUGCUCUCAUCAACAUCUCUUUGUCACCAAAGGCAGCUUUUUAAUGAACCGGCUGUAACCGACUCAGUCUGCAUCAAACAGCAGACAGAACAUGUUGCAGUUAGCUUGUGAACAAAUUAGGACAAGCUGCAUGCUGGCCAAAAGAGUGCUGCAAUGAUGGUAAAUAUUUGACUGUUCCUUCCGUUAGACACAAACAGGACUUCAAAUAAGUGCCCACAGGAUGUGUAAACAGGAAACUGUUAGAUAACACAUUUCCCUAAACAAGUCUCGAAGGCGCUAAUAAGUCAAUUGUGUGUUUACGGUUUGUUCUGCUGCCCCAAAUUGACCAAAAAAAGAGUAACCUGCAGGUUUUAAGGCCCAAAGUGUUGACUUUAUGCAGAUUCUUGAAGUUUCCACACAUAACUUCCUACUGUUGUACAUUUAAAAGAGGUCAAAGGUCCCACACUGAUAAACCCUUGAUGUAGAGAUGAGCAGUCGAUGGCUUCAGGUCUUUAUUUUGGGCUGAACUAUUCCUUUAAGAUUGUGCUCUUUUUUCCACAAUGCAAUAUCCUUCUGCUGAAGGAGCUUCAACACAUAGCAUGGUUCAACCAACAACCAGAAUGUAAUCUCCAACUCAGAUAACCAGGCUCUUGUUAGGGGCCGUGUCCAGGACAGACCUCAGACACUCAGUCACUUCUGCCUUUUGUGCUUUGAUCAGAAUGUGUUUCGACUGUUUGGACUCAUAACUGAGAUGCUGAUUUUACUCCAUACUGACGUACAGGCCAUCAGACGACUUCAGAUCGACAUUAAGGAUUAAACAAAGGUUUUUCUCCUCAGCUGUUGGCUGAUACUUUUCGCCCUGUCAGUCUUUAGUCUCUCUAUUUUCUCCUGAUAGGGUCCAGUGUUGUGGGGCAGACGCUGCAUUUUAACAUGUAAACACCCUUCAUGAUUACAUAAUCUGAAACUGAUUAGCUAUAAUGAAAACGACAUUUGAAUCCCCUUACUUGGUGAUGACUUGCAGCAGAGUUUACCUGCAGACUGUUAGUGAUUGUUAAAGCAGGAAAUGAACCCGUGUUCAGUCUCUUGUGUGUAAAAGGAGGGUCGAUAGGUUCCUGUAGUUUCACCUGGCCAGUGACCCUUCAGUUAAUUUGUUGUUCUAAAACGUUCCCUAUAAAAGCUGUCCAGAUAUCUUUAGAUGACUGUAUGGGACACGCGUACUCGCUGUACUGAAUGUUACACUGCUCACUGCCUUACAGGUGCAACACCAGUACAGAUUACUGACCCUAACCGGAGAGACAGCAGCCCUGCAGUCCUUCCUUCAUCCUGACUCCUAACAUGUAGCCAGACCACAAUCUCAACAAGCUCACAGAUAUCUGGUGACACUCAUUGAACAACUCAUUACAAAGAGACUCCUUCUUUAAGAAAAUUAUGGCCCUCAGAAACUGCUUCUUUAUGAAUUUGUAUCAGUAUCCUGAUUACCUGUUGUUCAUGAUAGUCUGUUUCAGAAAGCCAAGGUACACCCUCGUCUGAUCUGGCUUUCUGAUCCUUCUCUGUGUUCUCUGUUACCAGUUAAACUAAAAAGAAGUUAGAUCACAUGAAGAGUAUCAAAUUCACAUAAUAUAAAGAAGACCAAAACCUUAAUAACAUUGAGUAAACAUAAAGGCUGAUUUGUACACUCUGUGCUCGGUGAGCUUGAUGAGACAGAGGUCAGGGGUCUGGCCACAAUGCUCGUGUUCCUCUUUAACACCCUGUCUGACCUCCACACUGCCCUUGUGGACUUUUAUCAUUCAUUUAAAAAAAUAAAAACAGUUCAGUCCAGAGAAAAUGCUGUAAAAAAAAAAAAAAGCUAAGUAUCAAUUGUAAUCACUGCAGUAACAAUAGUAUCAUAAUCUAUCAUCCUGCUGUAAUAUAAGCUUGCUUCUUCCCUCACUUUGAUCCUCUCCCUCUUUGUUUGUCUUCUGCCUACCCUUCAAACCUCAUCUCACAAAGAUGCUGUUACACCACACGAAGCAUAAUGGACAUUUGUGUAUUAGAGUUUUCUUUCUUUGGUUUUGUACAGUCCAAGAUUUUCUGUGUUUAGGGGCAAGUUUAGAGCGUGUUCCAGACAAAUGUAGCAACUUUGUGGCUGUCAGACCUGCCAUGUGUAAUUUCUUUCUAUAUUCUUAAAAGGUAAAAGUUCUUUUUGUCUGUACAUCAUGAUUUUAACUGUUUGGCUGUGGUUUGUUGUUUUAUUUCAUGGCAUUGUGAUUCCUAGUGACUAGGCCAUUAGUACACCACACUGGGGAGGCCUCCUCAACCAUACACACUACCUCUCCGUCUGCCUACACGGACUCAAACACUGAAAUGCAUGAACACAAGCACUCAGUGUGCAAGGCUACAGCAGCACAGAUUGCAGAAAAAUAACUGGAUUAAAUUUCUCCACAUCUCACUGAGUUUUGUAUCCGAUGUGAUUAAUAAUUUGUGGCAGUGGUGCUUUAAGUUUGCCAAAAUUUGCAGAGGGAUGGGCUCGAGUGUUAUAUUGGAUAGCAGCUGAAUUGUUUCUGCAUUACAGUAUGUUUUUCACUCCAAGCUUUUGAACCAGCAGCAACAUAGUACUGUGUUUAACAAGAUGUCCAACUGACCCCUCCUUGAGACGCCUGACACAUACUAAUGGUCCGGUGCCAAAGUUCAGUGCUGCUUGCCAUGAAUUUCCCACAUUGAUUUGGUUAAUCAAACCAGGUGCUUGUGUAUUAUUUUCUCAAUGAUUAGUAUGGCCUGCAAUUACCAUGGAAGGAGUGUUGUUCAGAUGGCCUCUUAAGUGCAAGUCUGUUAUUGUUGUUAUUGAUAAUCACUUGAUCUGGGUUUAUUUUGUAACAUGUGGAAAUAGGUCAAAACUGGAUUUUUUUAUAUAUACGUAUAUGAAUAUAAUGCUGUAAAGUGAAGUCAUGAAUUACGAGAUUUUCUCUUUCACAUCAAUACGGUUAAAAAAAUAAAAUCACAAUGAAAUGA